UUUAAAUUUAUUUUCAAGUAUUUUUUACAACAACAAGCUUUUUGUUGCUAUUAUUUUAUAUUAAUGCCAAGUGCAAGAUCAACUUCUCGUGGUCGGCCAGUAAAGCGUAGUUCGCGUUCAACAAGCGCGAGUAGGAAGGCAAAGCCAACAAUACAAAAAUUUUCUCCUCCAACACAGCAGCAGAAGAAGAAGCUUUCAUCACCACAAUCAUUGCGCAAGUCAAAGUCUCCACAAAAAUCAAUUCCUAAAGAAAAGGCACGCAAAACUCGUUCAACUUCACGAACUCGAAAGGUGAAUACUGCUCCGCCAGCUGUGAGUGCCAACAAGAAAAAAGAAAAGACUUUUAGUCGUCCGAGCCCUCCACAACAAUCGUAUAGUAGCUCAACUACAAUUAAAACAACUACUUUAACGGCAACCAGAGGAGCAGCUCGUCCAGCUACAGCUUCUCCACUUCCAUUUGCUUUGCGUGGUUCAAUUUCACCACCAUUACUUCGUUCACGUACUGCUGCUGCAUUAGCAAAUAAUAAUAAUCAAAGAGGACUUACACAUUCACCGCAGGCAAGAAAAACUUUGAAAAGAAGGGGGACAUAUUAUGAGCAGAUAAAGAAUAGUGCAGUCUGUCGACAAUUGGGAAAAUUUGGAAAUUGUGUUAAAAAGUCAACAUUUUCAAUUUUCAACAAAGCCAAAGCUAAUUGGCGUUUACUAUUCAUUUUAUUUUUUCUUCUUUUAUUAAUUGGAAUAUUCUAUAAAUUCAACAAUCAAUUAAUUCAAUUAAAUAAACAAUUUGUUGAAUUUGUUAAAGAGCAGUACGAGCAACAGCGACACAUAUUUGGGUGAUUACAAAAAGAAGAAAGAGGUGUGGUUUAAAUAAACCUCUUUUUUCUUUAAUUGUUUAAAAAAUUAUAUAAAAAAGUCCGCAAAUUCUGUCCGCAAGUUUUUCAAAAAUUUGUUAUUCUUCCUGACGUUUUUUUACUUUACAGGAAAAAAGCACAUUAAACCUGCUUUGGUAUAAAGCACUAAGAAAAAAUUCACAUCUUAGUGUAGUGGGAUACUUUUUGGAUUUAUAAUAGAAUGGACGGAGGUUCGAAUCCCUCGUGGGGAAAAUAAUUCGUAAAUGUUGAAAUAAAUAAAAUUGGUUAUUUCCCGAUAAAUUUGUACUUUUUGGUGUAAUGGGGGAUAUUUUUUGGAUUUCUAAUAGAAAUAAGUGGAGGUUCGAAUCUCUCACAGUAAAUUGUGCUAUUUCUGGAUAAAAUUUGCG